AUGCCUGUGGGCUGGGCUCUGAUCAAUGGGCAAAUGUUGGUGGGUCUGAAUGCCAGAGAGCAUGUCCAGGAUGCCAGAGAGGUUCCAAAAACAGAACAGACUUUUGAGGAGCGCUUGAUACUCAAAGCUUUCUUGCUGAAGUUUGUCAAUGCCUACUCCCCCAUUUUCUACGUGGCCUUUUUCAAGGGGAGGUUUGUGGGCAGGCCCGGAAGCUACGUCUAUGUGUUUGAUGGCUACCGAAUGGAAGAGGCAACUUCACUUGGUCUAACCGUCCCUUCUGUUUUCUCCACCUCCCCUCAGUGUGCUCCAGGGGGCUGCCUCAUGGAGCUCUGCAUUCAGCUCAGCAUCAUCAUGUUGGGGAAGCAGCUGAUCCAGAACAACGUCUUUGAGAUUGGAGUCCCGAAGUUAAAGAAACUCUUUCGGAAGCUGAAAGAUGAGACAGAACCUGGAGAAACCGACUCUGCCCACUCAAAACAUCCAGAGCAGUGGGACCUAGACUACGGCUUGGAACCUUACACUGGACUCACUCCAGAGUACAUGGAAAUGAUCAUUCAGUUUGGUUUUGUUACCCUCUUUGUGGCCUCCUUUCCUCUGGCUCCUGUAUUUGCCCUCCUCAACAAUGUCAUCGAAGUGCGGCUUGAUGCAAAGAAAUUUGUUACAGAGCUAAGACGGCCAGAUGCUGUGAGAACCAAAGAUAUCGGAAUUUGGUUUGACAUUCUUUCUGGAAUUGGCAAGUUCUCCGUUAUCAUCAAUGCUUUUGUCAUUGCCGUCACCUCUGACUUCAUCCCCCGCCUUGUGUACCAGUACUCCUAUAGUCACAAUGGGACUCUGAAUGGCUUUGUCAACCACACCCUCUCCUUCUUCAAUGUCAGCCAGCUGAAGGAAGGAACACAGCCAGAAAACUCACAAUUCGACCAGGAGGUUCAGUUCUGCAGGUUUAAGGAUUACCGAGAGCCGCCAUGGGCCCCAAACCCAUAUGAGUUUUCCAAACAGUACUGGUCCGUUCUGUCUGCACGGCUGGCUUUUGUCAUAAUCUUCCAGAACCUUGUGAUGUUCCUGAGUGUUCUCGUGGACUGGAUGAUCCCAGAUAUCCCCACAGACAUCAGUGACCAGAUCAAGAAAGAGAAGAGCUUGUUGGUGGACUUCUUCCUGAAGGAGGAGCAUGAGAAGCUGAAGCUGGUGGAUGACCCAGACCCGAGGAGCCAGAGAGGGGAGAAUCGGAGCAGGUGGAGCCGGGCAGCCAGCUCAGCCCCCUCAGGUCGCAGCCAGCUGGGUAGCACAGCGUCUGCUGGUUCUCAGCACACCAAUGUGUGAGCUUCCAGCCCCACUGCAGAAGGCUCCACAGGAGCGAGGCGCACACGCACGUGCACGCACAUGUUUGUACACCUGGGCGGGUGUGGUGUCCACUCGCCUGGAUCUGGCCUGAGGGGACCUUGAAAAGGGAGUGUGUGUGAAAAGAGAGAGAGAAUGAGUGCAGGAAGCAAGAAAAAUUAUGCUGCUUCUCAGAAACUUCAAGCUUAAGUUUCUUUUAGAUCCUCUUUUGAGCUGUAUCCUUUUGGAAGAUGGGCACCCUAUUUAAGUCAAUCAGCGAAAGAUUCAGGGCCGUUCCUCUCUAGAAUUCCCAGGCAUCAUGAGCCUUCCCCAUGCUCCCUGGGGCACCCUCUCGCGCUCCACCAUCGCUUCAGAGGACUGCCAGGCUGGGAGAGAAGUGCAACCACAGCCCAUCCAUGCCCCUGCCAUAAGGGAUCCCACCCCCUUUCCCAUCCUCACCCUGGGAAUAUC